UCCCAAUUGCCACCUGUUUUCACCAAUGCAUAUGCUAUGCAAGAAGAGGAACACCUUCACAAACACCAAGCGGAAACCCUCAAACAUGAGCUCGCUGUUACUGCCAAGAAUACAGUUAUGGCAUUUGGUUGGGCUGCUGACGAGUCACCAACAAUUUGUGAGUUCCAGAGUGGCUUUGUCCUACCAUGUGUUAGGGUGACCAAUGAAUGGCUUUGGAACCUUGUGUCAAUGCCGUUGUGUCCCCACCCACUCUCACAUCAAGCAGGAGCUAUCCAUCAUCAGUCUUUCAUCUGGUCUAGA